AUGGGGGAAGGACACACUCGGACCGAAGAGGCGUCUUGCUCUAUCGGCAUGUCACAGAUCCGAGUAGCAGCGCACGAGGCAAAUCAGAUUGGCGCCAUGCAUUCUGCCGCCGGAACAGCAGAUCACGACCUGCACCCUAACUCCGAGACCCCUCUGGCAAUCCACGAUUCAACCCAGAGUGCAAGUCGCGCGACGUCAGACUCGGAUGAAAAGAGUGACGUACAUGCAGCAACGCCCACUUGCUCAUCGCACGACCCCGCGUCUACCCCGAAAAAAAGUCAUUGGCUCCAAUCCGAUCAACAUGUGCUACCUCACAACAAUAUGAAGAUCGUCAUGCCAGGUCUCUGUCUGGCUGUCGGACUAGCAGCUUUGGAUCAAACAAUCGUAUCAACAGCGUUGCCCAUCAUCUCACAACGCUUGAAUGGCGAUCCUGGCCAGUACUCGUGGGUAGGAUCGGCAUAUUUGCUUGCUGCCACCAGUUUGAUCCCCCUCUACGGUCGGCUCUCGGACCUGACCGGACGCAAGCCGUUACUCUAUGGAGCCAUCAUCAUCUUUCUCUUUGGAUCGGCGCUUUGCGGCGCUGCGCAGAACAUGGCCUGGCUGGAUGCCGCUCGUGGAAUUCAGGGCAUCGGGGGAGGAGGUAUCAUUGCGCUUAUCAACAUCAUCAUUGGCGACAUUGUAUCGUUGCAGGACCGAGGCAAGUUUUCCGGCUGGAUCGGAGGUGUCUGGGGUAUCGCAUCCGUCAUUGGACCUCUGCUUGGAGGAGCGUUCACCGAUGCUGGCCACUCGGGCUGGCGAUGGUGCUUCUUUAUCAAUCUUCCACUGGGUGCCAUCGCUUUCGCCAUCAUCUUCUUCUCUCUCAACCUCAACCCGAGACCAAAGCUUACCUUUCGAGAGGCUUGCGGUGAAUUCGACUUUAUUGGCCUCAUCAUGAUUGUUGUUUCAGUCAUCCUUAUUCUGCUCGGCUUCAACUAUGCAGAGACCAAGGCAUGGAACGUGCCCGAGACCAUCUCAUUGCUCGUGGUAGGUGGAUGCCUCCUGGUUGCAUUCAUGGCAUGGGAAUUCAAGACAGACAAGAAACCAAUUGUGCCACCACGUCUCGUCACCACUCGAACUACGUCGCUGCUACUACUUUCAGUCGUGCUGCACGGAUUCGUGUUUUUCGCCGCCACCUACUACCUGCCCGUCUAUUUCCAGGCCAUCUUUGGCGCAUCUGCGCUCAUGAGCGGUGUCUACAUGCUGCCGUACGCCCUGAUUGCGUCCAUCAUGUCGAGUGUGGUCGGCAUCGGCAUCAGUAAACUGCGCGCCUAUCGACCUUUCCUGUGGGCUGGUUGGGCAGUCAUGGUAAUUGGGUAUGGACUCAUGGCUACACUGAAUGCGAGCUCGAGUCAGGUCAAGCAGGAAGUGUUUAUUGGUAUCGCAGGAUUUGGAACGGGCUUCCUCUUCCAGACGCCGUUGGUCGGGUUGAUGGCUGCCAUGCCGCACGGCGAUCUGUCCACCACGGUAGCGGCCAUGUCGCUGAUCCGGUCGCUCGGAGGCACCAUGGGUAUUGCGGUAGCUGGCGCUGUCUUCAACACGCAGAGCAGGUCGAGACUUGCCAAAAUCCCUGGCUUCACGCCAUCCAUGGUGGCUACAGGAACUGGCGGACAGGACCUCACUGGGCUUGGCAACAUUCAGCCGCCUGAACUUAGCCGCCAAAUCAUCGCAGCCUACGCAGACGGUCUGCAAAUCGUGUGGAUCAUGCUGGCACCUAUGGCGGGCGCUGGCCUGCUCGCAGUCCUCGGUGUCAAGGGCUACUCGCUGCGCAGAGACGUCAAGAAAGCGCCUCAGGUCGGAACGCCCAAGAAGAUGGUCGACCUCGAAAACCCGCAGACCGAAGACGCCGGCGUGCCAUCAACGGAUGACAACCAGGGAGACCGUCGAUAG